UAUAAUAGCAGUACAUACUACAUAGUUGAUAGUUCAUAACCUAUAUGUUAUUAUGAUAAAAUAUUGUUUGUAAUAUAUUAAGUUUUACCAUAAAUUUUAUAUAGUAUGAGAAUUCGAAGGCCCCGAAAUUUAACAAAUGGACAAAUCGCUUUGGUCACUGUGUUAGGGGUUCUUGGCGGUGUUUAUAUUUGGACGCCAAUGAUAAGAGAAUCUUUUAUAAAAAAUCGAGCUGUCGAAGAAUCAAAGAAAUCGCACUAGAGAUCUAUAGAAAUGAGUGUGUUCAAGCGUUUUACACAAUCUGGGCUUUUGCCUAAAGCAUACAUGGCAAUUGCAUUUACUGGUGUUACAAUUGUGACAUAUAAGAUGUGGUUAGGCCCUUACAUAAGAAAGCGACGUUAUAAAGAAGCAGAAGCCUGGGCUAUGAUGAUGAUUGAACAAGAAGAAAGAGAGUCAAAUAGUGAAUAGCUUUGAAAUAAAUAAGUUGUAUAAUGUAUAGAUAAUCAUAUAAAAAUAUUAAAGUUU